AUGGAAUCAAUACCAUCACGUUAUCGCAAUGAAGAAACUAUGCUGACUGGUACAAUUAUUAUAAAUAAGAAGUGGAUCGAUGAGAUAAUGACUGCACAAGAAAGUCAAAUAGCUGCACACAAUUUUUUAGCAUUUGCCAAAAUGUUACACGAGUGUGGACAUAUAUUCACGCCAUUUGUCAUGUCUCAACUUGGUUGUCCAACAUUAGAUAAAUUUCGGAUUGAGUCUACGUCUACUGAUCGUUACGGCCUUGCUACACCGCAGAAAUUACGUGAAAUGCUCAAAGAAGAAAAUAAUAAUGAAAGUCCAUUGAAUUCCUCAGCGUCAUCAGUAUCUUCGUCAUCGGUCGCAACGCCAAUUUCAUCACCUUUACAACAGAAACGUCGCGUAUCACUGGGAUUGGUUCAAAUGGAAACACCAUGUAUAAUCUAUGGAGAUGAGAACAGCGACUAUCGACGAUCAUCAACGCCUUCUUCUUCUGCUUCUCCAUCAAUCGAUAGCGAGGACGACAAUGAGAUCGAAGUCUCCUGUACAGCAUGUUCUCGUCACGAUCAUUGA